AUGACUGAGGAUGAUAGACCUACCGACCCCAGCGACCAAAGCGGAAUUGAAGGCGGCAAGAAGUCAGCAGCCACAACGACCAAAGGCCAGAAACGACGCAAAGUCAACCAUGCAUGUUUAUAUUGUCGGAGAAGCCAUAUGACCUGCGAUGAAGACCUUGUCAGCGGUGGCCAUCUAUGCCAUGACGAAAAGAAACCAGGUCCAUCCAAGAAUAACUCCUCCACCUCAACUCCUCAGCCCCAGCCGACAGUAGACAUAACAGCAACGCCAAGCGUGAUUGAUUCUUCAGCUAAUCCGACACCUAUUCAACCCCCUGAAGGAUUCCCCAUGGCAGGUGCACCUCAGCCGUUCGCACCCGUACUUCCCCAAUCAACACCCCAAUGGCCUCUGUUCUCGAACCCUCCCUUCGGAUUAACCGGAGAUACAACAACAUUAGGGAACGAGUUCUCCGUCUUGAGCGACUUUUUGCAGAGCCUGGACAGUCGAGGAUUCCAGCCUUUUGCUCCAGGUUCGAUCGUCCAGGACUCUCCGCAAGCACCCUCGCAGACGCCAGGUCCACAACCAACGAUGGAUAUCGACCCCGAUCAAUCGCAGCCAUCACCAGAAUAUCCAGGCCAAAUCCAGAUGCCUUCUCCUGCCCCGGCUCCACACACUGAGCUUACAGAACCCUUGCUCCCGAGUGCGACAAAGCAGGAAAAGUUCUUGUUGACUGCUGCUGAUCAAGAGCCUGGCACGAGAGACGAACGACUUGCGCGCGUCAUUCAUGCCAAAUAUGAGGCUGGUCUUCUUAGGCCGUACAAUUAUGUCAAGGGGUAUGCGAGGUUGUCCAGGUGGAUGGAUCACAAUGUAUCGCAAGAGUCUAAGAAACAGAUUCUCCAACCACUCUCUGUCUUGCGUCCCAAGUUCCGGGUAGGAUUCCCCCUUUCUGCCCGGUUAUCUGUACCUACUAACGAGCCAACCCAGGCAAUUGCGCAAUCCUUGACCGAUAUCGAUCUCGUGUUCAUCGAAGAAGCCUUUGAGCGCCUUCUGCUCGACUAUGAUCGAGUUUUCUCGGCCAUGGGAAUCCCAGCGUGCCUAUGGCGUCGCACAGGCGAAAUUUAUAAAGGAAAUAGAGAAUUCGCAGAGUUGGUCGGCGUGGAUGUUGGGCGAUUACGAGAUGGCAAGAUGUGCAUAUAUGAACUGAUGUCUGAAGAAUCGGCCGUUAAUUACUGGGAGAAAUAUGGCCACGUUGCAUUCGAUCCUGCCCAGAAAGCGGUCCUCACAUCAUGUGUGCUCAGAUACAAACCAACAAGUAACUCGGGCCUUGCGCCUUCUAACGGAUCUAACGGGAGUACGCAUUUCUCCAUCGCCAAGUCACGGGCGCCGAGUCCACCUCCACCUCCCAGAGUGGAUUUAUCAAUUGUUGUUUUUCGUUUACGAUAA